CGGCUAGUCGGGUAUAAAAAACGAGUUAAGCUACCAGACAGCUGAGGAAAUUAUUACUUUCCUUCCCGGUAGGUGUUGUCCGGUUCCCGUGAAGAUUUGGUUUAAUCUAACCAAUACGCCAACAAAAACUCGCCUCCGGUUUUCUCAUAUUUCAGAUCAGCCACCUCAGUUCUGCCUUAAAGCUCCCUUUUUUCCCCAUUGUGACCAAGCCAGCUUUUAAACCCUUCAAGAUGAUGCAAAUCAGCAGUGACUCCACCAGCAACAAGCACUCGCUCAUCAAUGUCAUGCACCGCUUCAUAGCAGCUGCCAACAAUAUGGAUGAGACCAUCAUGGUGCCCAGCCUGCUACGAGAUGUGCCUCUAGAGGAGCAGGCUGGCACCCAGGCAGAGGCCAACAAUAAUGAACCGCCGUGUACCAACAAGCAGAGGGACAUGUACGAGCACUACCUGCUCCUCAAGUCCAUAAAGAAUGACAUGGAGUGGGGUCUGCUAAAGAAGGAGAUGAGCAGUGGUGCCAGCUUCCUGGAGAUGGCAGUAAAGCAGGAAGAGCAGCAGCGGAUGACUGGGGAUCUAGCUUUGGACGACAAUGCUGACCUGGAAUAUCAGUUUCAUUAUCACCUCAGAGGACUGUUUGGAGUUCUGUCCAAGCUCACAAUGCAGGCGGACCACCUCACCAACAGAUAUAAGAGAGAAAUCGGAGGAGGAAACUUCAUGAGAUAAACUCUGCUUUUACCCUGGACUGCUUUAUGUAGAACAAUGGGGCGUUUUGUGAAAUGUCAGUGGACAGUGAACUGAUCAGGGCAUCCAUUCUUUCACUUCUGAAUGACACUCCACCCUCACUCUGCCCCCUCCCCCCUGAAACCAGUGAUGCCAGCAUGUGUUGACCUGCUUGUUUGCAGAGACGCUGUACUUGGCGGAGGUUCUCUGUCUCGAUGCUAGAUGAAGCACUGUUCUGGUUUAUGCCGAACCCCACCCUCACUUUAUGUUCUAUGAAACUUUAACACAUAAGUGGAGUUGUAUAUGAAUAAAGGCUUCUGCCUGUAGGAGAUGCUGAAUGCUGGUUAUUCUGUCCCUCUUUUUAAAUUGUGAAUGAUUUUAAUGUUGAGCUGAAGGGCUCUUACCUGCAGCAGGUUUAAAUCUUUUCCUUUGGUUAUGUGCCUUGACUCUUUUUACUAUCCUGCCCUGUUCAGUUCAUUGUGAUUUGUAAUGGUGUUUUGUGUCCUUUGAAUAUUUCAAAACCAGUUUUAUAUUAAUACAAAAUGCAGUAUAACUGAAAUAAAUAAUUUUAAAAAAACC